CGACCGCAGUGUAUUUUUUUCUCUCUCAUAAACAGCAGCAGUCACGGCAUACAUUCUGACUAUAUUAACGGAUACACCCGGACCGUAUUACUUGACAACAUAAAGGUAGUUACUCGCGUAUUUAUCAGAGUAUAGAGUAAGCAGUAAAUCUGAAUUUGGCAGCCGUCAUCGCUUGCAGUACUACGUUAACCAGAGUUCUUAGCUCUCGCGUCGAAAACGCAAUAGGUCGAAACACAGGACAGGUAAUUGAAAGACAACGCGCGUGGUACAUUGAUUAACAAACAUUGGGUAGUUGCCUCACACGAAGUUCUUUGUGACUGGUGACGAUUCCGUGUGGAUGUCUGUAAUAGUCUGUGGUAAUUUUUCCUGACGGUACGACAACAAGCAGCCAGUCCCGAGCACAACACAAGUUACCAAGUGCUGUUUAGACAUCCAGUUCUGGUUGAAAGCCCUCGAGGAAAAUUUCUCCCAACUGCCAUCCUGCUCAGUGCCUCUGAUGGCUGGUCAUCUCCUCAAAAUCUCCUCUCUGGCCACAGCAGUGUUCGCCACAUCUGGGUUUUACAUCUACGGCAGACAGCUGGACCUCAAUGACUUGAGUGUCAUUCGCUUUGGCCGUGCUGCAGCCACUACGGCGAUCAUCAGCUAUGACUAUCUGACUGCUUUCAGACAUGUGGAAUACGACACAGAAGACUACUGGGCCCUCAAGUCCAAGGUGCAUCUAAGGUCAGCAGAGCGUCUUCGAGACUUGUGCUGUGCCAACAGGGGUACUUUCAUCAAGGUAGGCCAGCACCUUGGUGCUCUGGACUACCUGCUGCCUGAGGAGUACACAUCUACAUUGAAGGUACUCCACAGCCGAGCUCCUCAGAGCAGCAUGGAGGAGAUUCAGCAGGUCAUCAGAGAAGACCUCGGCAAGGAGCUGUCAGAGUUAUUUGUCACCUUUGAGGAGAAGCCUCAGGGUGCAGCCUCCUUAGCCCAGGUCCACAAGGCUGUGCUGCAUGAUGGGAGGACAGUGGCCAUCAAGGUCCAACACCCCAAAGUCCAGAGACAGAGCUCCAAGGACAUAGUGGUGAUGGAGGUACUGUUGAGGGUGGUCCAUUGGCUCUUCCCAGACUUUGCUUUCAUGUGGUUGGUGGAAGAGGCAAAGAAGAACAUGCCAUUAGAGCUGGACUUCCUUAAUGAAGGACAAAAUGCUGAGAGGAUGGCUAACAUGCUUGCCCACUUCCCCUUUCUCAAGGUUCCCAUGAUCCACUGGGAUCUGUCCACAAAGAGGAUCCUGACCAUGGAGUUUGUUGAGGGGGGGCAGGUCAAUGAGAGGGACUACAUGAAGAAACACGGCAUCAAUGUCAACGAGAUCUCAGAGAACCUGGGUAAGAUGUACAGUGAAAUGAUCUUUGUCCAUGGCUUUGUUCAUUGUGACCCGCACCCAGGCAACGUGUUGGUUCGAAAGUGUACCCAGAGCAAUAAGACUGAGAUCAUCCUUCUUGAUCACGGCCUUUAUCAGGUCCUGCAGCCAGAAUUUCGGUUGGACUACUGUCAGCUGUGGCAGGCUCUGAUUAAUGGUGACAUGUCCGCGGUAAAGCGUUACAGCCUCAGACUGGGUGCUGGAGAUCUGUACCCAUUGUUCGCCUGCGUGCUCACUGCUCGCUCCUGGACUGCCAUCAAUGCUGGCAUCAGCUCUGUACCUGUCACACACUCUGAGACUGCUCACCUGGCUUCGACCCCCUCGACCCCCCUUCGACUACUCCUCUGCUCUCUCCUCAUCUGCACCUCUGCACGAUCGGCUGGUUCUUCAGGCUACGGACUCCUUGCUCUGUCAUCAGCGGCUGAAGACGUUGAGAUACGAACCAAUGCAGCCCUAUACCUGCCCCAGAUCAGCGAGCUGUUGAAUCGUGUGCCCCGACAGAUGCUAUUGCUGCUUAAAACCAAUGACCUGCUAAGGGGCAUUGAGACCACCCUACAGACCAGAGCCUCCUCCUCAUCUUUCAUCAACAUGUCCCGCUGCUGCAUACGUGCCAUGGCCAGGCACAAGAUAAGUAAGACUCAAUCCAGGAGGAGGCGUCUACAGAUCACACUGGCAGAGUCUCUCAGCCUGUGGAGACUCACCAUGUACGAACUGUUUCUGAGGGUGAAGGGCUCCACGUUGGGAAACUGGCUCACUGCUCUGCUGGCAUUUCUGGCCUAAGAUAUAUCUGGACAUCCCACUAGGAUAUUAACAAAAGGCUGUUACUUUUGGCACAAAAGGGGUUUAAAAGACAGUCCAUGUUAACACAUUUUGAAUAUGUGUUUAUACAGUCACACACACAAAUUCUUAUUUUUGUUAACAAUAAAACUUGUUAUUCCAUGGACACAUACAAGAAAACAACAUGCUGAUAUCCUUGGACACCACACUGUGGCUGUUGAUGAUCACAACUUUUAUUAUUCAGUUGUCAGUGUUGACUUUUUUCUAAAUUGUAUGUCAUAUACUCAAGAUGAUUUUUUUUCUUCAUUCUUAUUUAAUUUAAGGCUAUUAUUGCACAAAGACUUUAUUCACAAACUUUAAAUUGUCUGGAAUCAUCAUGUCAUUUAUGGGAUACUGUAACCUGUGUUCACUGACUGUGUCUGACAACCUGUGCUUUAGCUGGAGAUGCUGCAGAGAAAUACUGAGUGAAUGGAUAAAUGGUAGUUUGUCAUAAAAUAGUUCAACCACAUCUCUGUUUGAGUAGAGGUCAGAUUAGUCCUGACUCCAGCUCUGCACCUAUCCAUCUCCUUAUCUCACUUUCAGAAUAAAAAACAACAUAAGCAUA